CCUGCUGGCUGUCUCUAGGUGAUGGUGCAGCUAAAAUGGUCGCUGUGUGAUGGUCUUCACAGUCACAAAGUGACACCCAGCACCCUCACCUGACAAAUGUCCCUCGUCUGUGAACAUGGCGUGGCGAACCGGUGACUGAUCUUAAAGGGAGGCUUUUACAGUGGGGUAGUGCUGCUUCAGUGGGGGUAACAGUUAUCCCUAAACCAUGGCUGGGAUCAUAAAGAAGCAGAUAUUGAAACAUCUUUCCAGAUUCACCAAGAACCUGUCUCCUGAUAAGAUCAAUUUAAGCACACUAAAAGGUGAAGGUCAAUUGACCAAUUUGGAACUAGAUGAGGAAGUUCUCCAGAACAUGCUGGACCUGCCUACAUGGCUUUCCAUCAACAAGGUCUUCUGUAACAAAGCUUCCAUUCGGAUCCCAUGGACUAAGUUGAAGACUCAUCCAAUUUGCGUGAGCCUGGACAAAGUCAUAAUGGAAAUGAGCACGUGUGAAGAACCUCGCAAUUGCAAUGGACCUUCACCAUUGGUGACCGCAUCAGGGCAAAGCGAAUAUGGUUUUGCUGAGAAAGUAGUUGAAGGAAUCUCACUUUCUGUGAAUUCUAUUAUAAUACGGAUAAAAGCGAAAGCCUUCAAUGCAUCAUUUGAACUUUCCCAGUUAAGGAUCUACAGUGUAAAUGCAAAUUGGCAGCAUGGAGAUUUGAGGUUUACACGAAUCCAAGAUCCUCAACGUGGAGAGGUGUUAACAUUCAAAGAGAUAACCUGGCAGAUGAUUAGAAUAGAAGCCGAUGCCAUUCAAAAUAGUGAUCACGAAUUAAUGAGCGCUCCUGUUCGGCUAAUUACAAAUCAGUCCAAAAUUAGAGUCACUCUGAAGAGGAGGCUAAAAGAUUGCAAUGUUGUUGCAUCAAAGUUAAUUUUAAUACUGGAUGAUCUGUUGUGGGUAUUAACGGACUCUCAAUUGAAAGCUAUGGCUCAGUAUGCAAAAUCACUCAGUGAAGCAAUUGAGAAAUCCACAGAGCAGAGAAAAAGCAGGGCGUCUGAGCCCACACAGAACUCUGUGCCUCCAGCAAGCUCCCAGGCGAAAACACAGCAAACAUCAACAACCGCCGAGCAAAACCAGGCUAUUUUAAAGUUAUUUAGUGAUUUUGAUAUUAAGGAAACCUCAUACCAUCUGAUUAUCUCACACUUGGACUUUCACAUUUGUGAUGAUGUUCAUGCCAAAGAAAAUGCAUUUACCAGACGUAUUACUGGAGGCGCCAUGCAGUUAUCCUUCAGCCAGCUGACUGUUGACUACUAUCCGUGCCACAGAGCAGGAGACAGCUGCAUUCACUGGAUGUACUAUGGUGAUGCCACAAAAACGAGGUGCUCCUGGGCAGAAGAAUUACUGGAGGAGUUUAAAUGUAAUGUGGAUUUGCUUAAACAAGCUGUUAAAGACCAUAAUUCAGGAUCCCCAACAAAAUCCGCCCUCAGUGUGUCACAGCAAUAUGGACAAACAGGUUGCGAUCACAGUCUUAAAGGAUCAUCUCCAAAUUCAUCUGGCGAAAACCUACAAUCAAAGCUAAUGUCCAGUUCAUUUGUGGUUAGACUAGCUGACUUUAACAUUUAUCAGGUUUCUACGGCAGAUCAGUGUCGUUCAUCACCUAAAUCAAUGAUUUCCUGCAACAAGAAGUCACUCUAUCUUCCACAGGAAAUGCCAGCAAUUCAUAUUGAAUUUACUGAAUAUUAUUUCCCUGACGGAAAGAAUUUCCCCAUUCCAUGUUCCAAUAUCUAUGUACAACUAAAUGCACUACAAUUAACUGUGGAUGAGAAAAGUAUACUCUGGCUGAACCAGUUUGUAUUGGAUUUAAGACAAAGUGUUGAUCAGUUCAUGGCAAUGUACAAGUUAACAGACAGUACCAAGUCAGAUGACCAUGUUGAUGUCAGAGUAGAUGGACUCAUGCUUAAGCUUAUUGUACCCUCCCAAAAGAAGGCAGAUCGUCAUCAUGAUCAGCCGGCUGCCAUCUCUGUUCAAACUUCCGAAAUGAUUGCAACCAACACCAGACAGCCCCCAAACUGCAGACGUUCCGAUCUAGAAGCCAUAUUUCAGGAUUUUAAAGACUGUGAGUUCUUUUCUAGAACCUUCACCUCUUUUCCAAGGUCUCUUGGAAGCUUUGAACUUUUGCAUCCAAUAUUUCAGAGGCACGCUUAUGAACAGGACACGAAAAUGCAUGACAUCUACAAAGGACUUGUUGAUCCAAAGAUGGAUACCAAUGCACUAAAAACAACUGCUGCUAAAGAUAUAUGGGUCAUACAUUUCACACAGUUUUGGAUUGACUUUGAAGGAAUAAAAAGUGGCAAGGGCAGACCUGUAACUUUUGUUGAUUCGUUUCCGCUGUCCCUCUGGAUCUGCCAGCCUAUACGGUUCUCACAAUCAUAUAAACACACACUUUCCAACAACAUUUCCAAAAGUGAAUCAACAGACUUUGUUGGUCGGUUGCAACGCAAGAAACUAUUAAAACAAUAUUAUAGCACAGGGACAGAUUGUUUAAAUCCUUCCUUGCAGAAGUCCCAAUCCUUGGACAGCAGUCUGGGAUCGACUUCAACAUACUCACAGUCAGAUGCCGAUAUUCAUGUAUUAGCUCAUAUACAAAAGCACGUGAGCUUGCAGCUCAAUCACUACCAGUAUGUUUUUUUACUCUUGUUGCAAGAAUCCUUAAAACAGGUGGUGGAAAACAUUCAGAAGGAUGUAGAAGCUGUGAAUGGCAAACCAGCUGAGGAAGCAAAGUUAUCUAUAGGCCUACUUCUGAAAACUGCUGAAUUAGCGCUGCAGCUUCAUCCUGUGCCACAAGAGAACCCUUCCUGUUCACCACUCUCACAAGAAGGGAGUAAUUUAGUAGACCUCAAAACUAUGUCACCGUCUGAAGGUAAAGCACCUGAUAAUCUUAUUGACUUAAUAAGCAGUACUGAUGUUGAAAGUAUUCCUGAAAAACCUGAUCCCAAAAUGAUAAUUUUGUCAGACACUUUGCUUUCCAAAUCAUCCAGCGACACAGUUCUUCUAAAAAGGACUCACAGUUUGAAUGGUACAAGUGAUAGAUCCUCGCUGAAAGAAGAAUCAUACUGUCCGCUUGUUAAUAGUACAAACUGUUUCCCAGAAGAUAGUAAUAUAAUCACUGAUGAGAAUAGUUCCCCUCCUGUGAAUCUACUUGAUGAAUCUAUAGGAACUGAAAUCUCUGAGAAGUUUCUGGGUUCUAAGGAUUACAUCAAAGAUCAGUUGCUCAACUCAGAGGGUCCCGAGGACCAGAAAAAGCACUCUGCUUCUUUAGAUGGAAGUGUAACCCCUAAGGAACGCUGCCCGUCCAACCUGCCUACCCUCUCUGUUUCUUACAAGAACAUGAAGAGAAGUCCGUCACAGUUUUCACUGGACAACAUUUCAAUAGACAGCAACAUGUUGGAUGAACAUCUGGCUGAGAGCGAUGGCAGUGACCACUUGGAGACAGGACUUGAGGAUUUUUCUUCUUUGAAUUAUCCAUCUACAGCAGAAUCUGCCAGUGUAGAGUUAAGAAAUGAGGAAUACUGCAUGUCUUCUCCAGAUGCAAUGAGUGCAAUUUAUGACAGCGCUCAAGACACACAGCAAGACCUGAUGUCUGUGGUAGUAUUCAAAAUAUUUGGUAUUAAUGGUGGAAUAGAUAUCAAAGGAGAAGAUGCUACUGUUUGCCUUCAGGUUAACCAAGUGGUACCUAACCAACUUGGAAAUGUUGGUGUUCGGCAAUAUCUCAAUACGCGUGGCACAGGUUCUGAUUCAAAAUCAUUUUUGGAGCAAAAGCAGUUCUGUCCUAACAUCAGCCUUAGAUUGGAGACUGGCCCAAGUGCAAAAUGUCACUCCUUACUGGCAGCAGAAAAUGGGUUCUUGCAGUGCCAUAUAAAAAACUUUAGUUCUGAAUUCCUCACCUCCACACUUGCAAACAUUCGGCAUUUUGUAGAAGAUGACUCUGUCGCAGAAAUAAUGCCUAUGAAGAUACAGAUUCAGAAUGCCAGGAUACAUUUAAAGGACGAUAGCCCUCGUGAAAAUACAGUUCCAGAACCAGAACCUGUGAUAUUGAAUAUUGAGAGUCUUUUUAUAGAGAGAUGUGAUGAUGGAGCAUUUUAUAUUAAAGGUUUUUCUGAUUCAAGCACUGACGCUAAGUUGAAUCACAAAGAAGACAAUAGUAUUGUUCAGCUUAACAGCAGUGAUACCAAAAGCAUUAAACUUCAAAGCAAUGCUACAAAAUGCACACAAACACUUUUUGAGGAAACCAAAUUUCCUGAACCCCUGAAACAAAUAAGAAGCCAGGACCUAAAAACUCCAUAUGUCAGUACUGAACAGCUUCUUGAAGAAAAUGAAUGUCUCAAACACGAGUUGGCCAAAACAAAAAUGGCUCUUGCAGAGUCCCACAUGACAAUAGACGGACUUAUGCAUCACAUAAAGGGCAUGUCACAAAAAUACUAGUGCACCUUAAUGCAUUUUGUACAUGACUUAAAAGGGCUCAGUCUGUCCCACAGGAUUACUGAUGAUACAACUAUGCCUUUAAUGAUGUCAUUAUUGAAACCAUUUGUCAUCAGAAUAUCACUUGUGUUCCAAACAAACAGACCUUGAAGAAUUAUUGAAUGUUAAAAUGAAUUGUUGUAAUUAGUCCUGUUUAUAUUGCAAUCACGCAGGUCCAUUGUUGAAAUAGAAGUAAAAGAUUUCACUUCAACAUUUUUUAAAGUGUUACAUGUACAGUUGAAGGAAAUAGUUUAAUUAAUUGAAGAAGAAACUGUAUGGCCAGAUAUUGUUAAUUAUAUUUAGCAAGAUUAUUUUUAAUAUUGUUUAAGGGGUUAUUUUUAAAUGUUUAUUUGCACUCAAUAAACAUUGCAGUUAAUUUGCAUUAAAAUGA